UGCAUGCCAAGAGCUGGGCCUCCAAUAUUGUACACAAACACCAGUAAGACCAGGAGGACCCGCUGUCCCCCUCACAUGUCCAGACAUGCGUAGUGUGAGACGCAUACAGGGAGAUGGUAACUGCCUCUUUCGAGCAUUUUCUUACAUUCUGACAGGGUCUGCAGAUCAGCAUAUUGGUGUACGACAUGCUAUCAUUGACCACAUGACAAAUAAUGCCCAAUAUUUCCGAGGCCACCAUCUCGUAGGCUAUGGCAGUAUUCAAAGUUAUAUAGCUUUCACAGGUAUGGACCAAGAUGGCACCUGGGGAACUGACAUUGAGAUGCUGUCUUUGGCACACCUGUUCCAGACCCCUGUCUUCUCAUACAGCCAGCAGCAUGGGCAGUGGCAGCGGUACUCUCCUCAUGAUGUCGACAGACAACUGAUGGAUGACAUUCACCAGAGCUCUUUAAAGGCUGUGAUCUUCUGUCUAAGGGGCACUGGAGUCUCAACCAUAGCUGACCUAUCAGAGGAAGGUAUCAGCUUAUCAGGGGCCUUAGCAGGUGGGGCUCUGAAGUGUUUCCCCCAGCCCUUAUCACCAUGCUGACUUUACACACCCUGUGCCCUUAUCACCACUGCUGACAUAGCUAUUGUGCUGUGCACUUGUCAGACCUGGACCCUACAAGCUUCUA